AUGCUUGGCGCGAUCAAAAUUGAUCUGAACAGAAACCUGGGGCUCUUCGUUGGACACGUAAACCAUGAAGUAAACGUUUGCUUCGAGCAACAUUUUCCUUCCUGCAAAGGUAUUCCCUGCUUCUGCUUCAUCACGAAAUCCAGCGUCUCACAUUCGCCGAUAGAUUGGACUCCAGUUGAUCUCCACGAAACGCUGCUCCGCGUCGUCGCCCAAGCUUCCGCAAGGAUUUUUGUUGGCUACCCCAUGUGCCGCAAUGAGGAAUGGCUUGAAUGCAGCACCAAGUUUGCAAUCGACGUCAUGACUGGCGGCGAAAAACUGAAGUUGUGGCAUCCAUGGCUCCGCCCAUUUGCACAAUACUGGAUCCCCGAGAUGAGGCAGAUACGGGGCGAUCACCAGCGUGCGCUUGAUCUGCUAAUGCCGGAACUCAAGAAGAGAGCCACAGAAGCUAAGACAACGGACACCGCGCCACGGCAGGACAUGAUUGAAUGGAUGCAGCAACGUGCUCACAAGAUUGGCGAUAAGUCCUUUGAUUAUAAAGAACUGGCAAAUCUCCAGAUGUUAACAGCAACGGCAGCCAUCCAUACCACAAGAUUGGCCAUCAUACAUGCUCUCUAUGACCUUGCAGCUCAUCCUGAGUAUAUUGAGCCAUUGCGAGACGAGAUUAGAGAGGUGACCAAUGAUGGUUCUCUUCAGAAGCAGCAUCUAACCCAGAUGAAGAAGCUCGACAGCUUUAUGAAAGAGUCGCAAAGACACAGCCCCCCUUCAGUCGCUACAUACCAACGGAAAGCCAUGAUUCCCAUCAAACUCUCCAACGGGUUCCAAAUCCCCGCCGGUACGGUGGUCCAGUGCAACACGAAUAUCUUGGAGGAGACGCCAUCGUCGUGGGGUGACGCACAUGCAUUUGACGGCUUCAGGUUCCAUCGAAUGCGAGAGGCUCCUGAAGAUGCCAACAAAUUUCAAUUUGCUAGUCCAUCCUAUGACAGCAUGCAGUUUGGAUUCGGUAACGACGCCUGCCCUGGCCGGUUUUUUGCCAGCAAUCAGAUCAAGAUCAUCUUGUCAUAUAUUCUCUCGCGUUACGACAUCAAGUUCGAAGAUUCGGUCAAGGGACGGCCCAAGAAUCUGAUGUUUGAAGUGAACGUCUUAGCUGAUCCUACGGUUAAGGUCCUUUUCAAGAAGCUGUGA